UUUUAAUAAUUUUAUUCUUAUCACAAUUAAGGAUCGUAAUUCAAUAUUUCUCAACAGGCUGAUUUAAAAUGUAACACAAUUUUUUUUUCCACAAAAUUUAUAAUUAAAUAUUUUAUUCUUGGGGUUUUAGUUUUAAAUAUUGGUAGUUCUGUUAUUCAUUACUUGUCAUACUAGCGCCAUCUGUGGGUUUAUGUCAUUUCUAUAUUUUCUCUUAUAUUUCUACAUUGUGUACAAAGUCUUUGGAGCUUCUGAGUUGUGUCUUCUUGUGUAUAACUAUAACUAAAUAAUUAACAGCUAUGAUUUAAUAUAUUUACAAUAAUUGUGAAUUACCUGAUAUUUACCUAAUAUGAAUAAAGGAAUCCCUUUAAUCGGCAAACCGAUGCCAAAAAUUCUCGAAGUUAAAUUACCUACAGUGAAAGAGGUUAUGUGUGUCUUUUUUCAUCAUCUGAAUUUUCUUAAAUAUUCUGUGAAACAAAGUGCUAAAAAUGUAGCUGGUGAGGUUAUACAAUUAUGGAAAAAAAAUGACAUUCCGACUUCUGGUACUAAUAAUGUAGUGCAAAGAAUCAUUCGAUGUCAUGACAAAUGGAAAAGCUUACCAAAAAACUUUACACGUAAAAAAUCACCAGCACAAAAAAAGAAACAAUCAGUAUUUCAGAAUGGACUAAAAAUUUUAUUCGAUAUAGUUGAUCAAAAGUCUUUAAAGUUGCUCGAUAACCGUAUCAAAGAUAUAUAUUUGAAUCAAAAAAGCGGCACUCGGAAAGAAUUUAUCCAUCACAAUAUACAAACUCCUACCAUAAGUGAAGAGUUGAUGGAAGUAGAAGAAACCAGUCCAAAUCAACCUUCAUCAUCUUGCCCCACGAUUAUUGCCAGUGAAAAGUCAGUAUUGUUGUCGGAGCAAUCAUUAAGUUUAGCUACUAAUUUUGGUUCGGAUUUAUCGUAUGAACCUCCAAUGCCGGUUGUAAAAACACCAAAAAUUAAUGUUUUAACUGCAGAGCUCAUUGCUGUACUUGACAGAACUAAUGUCAGUAGUAGAAAUGCAAUGUUUAUUAUAACUGCUGUUCUGUCAAGUGUUGGCAUCAAAGUGGAAGAGACAACUCUUAGUUACAGAACAAUUCAACGAGCUCGCAUGAUAGUACGGAAAGAGAUUGCUGUAGGAUUGAAAAAUGAUUUUAAAUCACACGAUAAGUACGUCAUACACUGGGAUGGAAAAUUACUGCAGGAUAUUGUUGGAUCAAAAAGCGUAGAUCGGCUGUCAGUUCUCCUUACGGCAUUUGGCGUUGAACAAUUACUAGGAGUCCCAAAAAUGGACUCUGGAUCAGCACAGAAUCAAACAACAGCUAUUUUGAGGACUUUGGAUGAAUGGGGUCUUAGUCGCUAUGUAAAGGCUAUGUGUUUUGACACAACUGCUGUGAACACAGGAAUUCAUAACGGAACAUGUGUAGAAAUUGAAAAAGCUCUAGGAAGAGAGUUAAUUUACUUGCCAUGUCGCCAUCAUAUUUAUGAACUCAUUCUGAGAAGUGCAUUUGAAGUCUAUUGGCCAACAUCAUCAGGACCCAACGUACCGAUAUUUGGAAGAUUCAAAAAGAAGUGGGACGAAAUUGAUAAGACCAAUUAUAAAGCUGGUAUUGAAGAUCCAAAAGUCGCUAAUGUUGUUUUGAGUAAAAAAAAUGAAAUAUCAUUUUUCAUCACACAAUGCUUGCAAUUGAAACAACCACGAGAUGAUUACAAGGAGUUUUUAGAAUUGUCACUAAUUUUCCUUGUAGUGGUCCCUCAAGAUAAAGUUUGUUUUAAGUACCCUGGUGCAAUCCAUCAUGCGAGAUGGAUGGCGAAAGCCAUUUAUAGCCUGAAAAUAUUUAUUUUUAGAGAUGAGUUUGGUCUCACUGCCAAAGAAUUGAAUAAUUUGCGGCAGAUUUGCAUUUUUACAAUAAUGGUAUAUUUGAAGGCUUGGUUUUCAUCAACUUCUGCGAUUGCAGCUCCGAAUCACGAUUUAGAAUUUUUAAAACAACUAAUCGAAUAUAAAGAAAUUGAUGCCUCAAUUUCUUCAGCAACUUGCGAAAAGAUGACUUCACAUUUGUGGUAUUUAAAUCAUGAACUCGCCGUUUUAUCACUGUUUGAUGACGCUGUACCACUCGAUAUGAAAAAGAGGAUAGUAGACGCUGUGAAAACUCGAGAUAGUAUAGAUUCUAAAGUUAAGAGAUUUGAGAUUGACCGAAAAAACAUCAAUUCGAUUAUUCAAAAAGAUUUGAGUGAUUUCGUUUCUCAAAAAUCAUUAAAUUUGUUCAAAAUCUUUGAUCUACCAUAUGAUUUUCUUGAUGUCGAUAUUGAACUAUGGGCAUCGGAUGAGAGUUAUAAGGAAAAUCAAGAAUAUUUCAAGCAAUUGAAAGUUGUUAAUGACGUUGCAGAGCGUGGAGUAGCGUUGGUAUCUGAAUACAAUCAGUGUUUGACAAAAAACGAACACCAGUUUCAAUAUUUACUGCAAGUUGUCAAAGAACAUAGAGCGAAAUUCCCUAACUGUAAUAAAAGUCAAUUUUGA